CAUCAAUAAUAAAUAUAAUCAAAGCAAUGAGACCUUUACCAUCAUCAUCAUUAUCUCUUUUUCUCAUAUUAUCCUUCAUCAUUAUGUUUUGGACAUGUAAAAUCAAUGCUGCUGCCAUUGACACACCAUCAUCACCAAUAACAAGUUCAUUACCAACAGUAGAUCCAUGUCCAACAGAUAUCCAUCAACAACGACUAUUUUAUGAUGAUGGUAUGACAGGAUAUUCAUCCAAAGGAUGUCAAGAAGCAUGCGCAGCACAAUCGUCCAAUGGAGAUGAUAGUAAUGGUAUGUGUGUUAUGGAUGAAUGUUAUUGUACUGACGUCGGUAUUGGUGAUUGCCGUGAUAAUAAUCAUGAAGGAUGUGAUGCUAUUUGUCAACAGCUUUCCUUGGAUUGGAUUGGUGUCUGUUCUAAUGGUGGCUGUCACUGUCUCUACUAAAAAGAAAAGACAAAGUCCUACUACUUCAGAGAACGAAAUUCCCUUUUUUAGAAUCACUUUUUCUUUCCAUUCAUCGUAUCCAUGUACUCCUAUUUAUUUAUUUAUUUUUUUCUGGUCAUCUAUCCAUAAUCAAUCACUACGUUACCUAUUAAAAUUUUGCAUUCCAUUUUAUUUUUACUAACUAUUACCUCCCUUUUAAUAUAAUCCCUACUAUUAAUUCCUAAUAAAACCGAUUUGUAUACCCUCCUC